AUGCUGCAGACAGCGGUCCUUUCCCGAGCAUAUAGUACGAAUUUGAAGGGCCGUAUAAAAAUCGAAACAGGUUUGGAGAUCCCAGAACACCACAUCUACGUGGCAUUUCGACCAGAGGAUGAAAGAGAACGCCUUAUUGAGCUCACUCAACUACUGGAAAAGCAAAUGGCGGAGAAAGCAGCUGACCCACGGGACGACAGAAGCCUUGUGCAAUACAAGAGUGCGGACAAAACAACAUUUUGGCGACGAUUUAUAGAAGUUUACGAUGACAGAUUAGAUGAAUGCCGUGCCGAGUUGAAUGCAAUCAUUAUUGAGGGACGUACUGGUCCGUUGAACACCACCAAUAUUUUGACGGUAAUCAAACUCGGAAAGUUUUUACUUCGUUUUUAUUUGCAGAGGCUUAGGCACAAAUCGUCAAAGUUGACCGUUUUCUUGGACAAAUACUACGCACAUCUUCCUACGUCUUGUUACUUAUACAAACCACAUGCAUUCGACUUCAAUGGAUCUCUUGACUUCAUCGGAAGCUGCAGCAGAAAUUUCGGACUUGAAGAAAUGAAGAAAAGGGGAGAAGUACCGAGCGUGCUGAAAAUGCUGAAAGUUGCGAGGUUGUAUUUCGGGCAACCAGAAGAGACGGACCCGCUUGUGACCAUUCUGGCAGACCUCCAAGUUCCGGAUUGGAAACAUGAAGCACUUGCAAAUGAUGCUCAAUUCGUUUUUUUGGAUUUGGAUUCGGUAAGAUAAGAAAUUAGUUGUGUUAGACUGUUGUAUUUAGUUCAAAGACUGUGCGUCUACAGUCAUGUACGAGAUCGAGAAGAUGGACUUAUGCCUGAAAUCCGUCCUUUUGAUAAACCAACACCCCAACUUCGACACGGCCGGACUUGAGAACCCCCAGUGGAAUGCAUUGAAGGUGUUUUUGAAUGAGUGGAAAUUCGACACACAGUGGGAUGUGCUUCAUCCCGAUGUUGGGUUUGGCGCCGUAGAACGGCAGAGUUACCUCCAACACUUCAAAAAGGAGGAUACGUUCGCAAUGUACGGAAGAGAAGACAAGUCAGCCACCUUAGAGCAGAUCCCGAGCAUGUUCCCCGAAAAUUUCUGUGGAGUUUACUUCGUUGGGAACAGAGACUGUAAGUUUUGCGAUUUUUCUAUUGAUUGUCUUGUCUUUAGGCCGCCGUAUUGCCCGCCACACGGUCCCAAGAAGAGAGAACAACAUCAUUGUGUACCGUUACCUGGAAGACCUGUAUGCCGCCCAUGAAAUUUCAGGCCAAGUGUCCGGAACGCAAUUUUGGAGCCGAACCAGGGCCUACUACGACGAUGUACACGACGACACUUCCGAGUCCGUAGACAUGUAA